GCGGAGGAAGUCCAGCAGCAGAUUAUCCGAGAGACUUUCCACCUGGUCCUGAAGCGGGAUGACCACAUCUGCAACUUCCUGGAGUGUGGCAGCCUGUUUGGCGGCUCCGACUACAAGCUGAUCUACCGGCACUACGCCACGCUGUACUUUGUCUUCUGCGUGGACUCCUCGGAGAGCGAGCUGGGCAUCCUGGACCUCAUCCAGGUGUUCGUGGAGACGCUGGACAAGUGCUUCGAGAACGUCUGUGAGCUGGACCUCAUCUUCCACAUGGACAAG